UGGUAUUUCAAUGAUCACAGUGCCCCAACCGAAAACCCUAGUUUUACCGUCUAUAUAUCUCGCAAAAGCCCUAGUUUGUACCUUCGUUUCCCUUCACUUCGCAGAGAUGUCGAAGCGAGGACGUGGAGGAUCUGCUGGUAACAAAUUCAGGAUGUCACUGGGUCUGCCAGUGGCAGCCACAGUGAACUGUGCUGAUAACACCGGUGCAAAGAACCUUUAUAUCAUAUCCGUGAAGGGGAUUAAGGGUCGUCUCAACAGGUUGCCAUCUGCCUGUGUUGGGGAUAUGGUGAUGGCCACUGUCAAGAAGGGGAAGCCUGAUCUCAGGAAGAAGGUCAUGCCUGCUGUCAUUGUCAGGCAACGCAAACCCUGGCGUCGAAAGGAUGGUGUCUUCAUGUACUUCGAAGAUAAUGCUGGUGUUAUUGUGAACCCAAAGGGAGAAAUGAAAGGUUCUGCAAUUACUGGUCCAAUUGGGAAGGAAUGUGCUGAUCUCUGGCCGAGGAUUGCAAGUGCAGCCAAUGCCAUCGUCUAAGAGUGUUUCUUGCAUUAUCGUUAAGCUGUAAAAGCCCUUGUUAGUUGUUUCACUGUUUCUGCCAUAACUGAAUUUUGUAAUGACAUUAAAUGUGGGGGUAAGCAAGACUUGAAUUUUCUGUUGCUUGUUAUCAUAUUUUAGUUUUGAUGACUUUGAUUAUUUUAAAUUUGAACGACUUGGUGAAAUGUUUGUUGGUUA